UGCCCUGCCACCCAUCAGUGCAGGCGAGCACUUCUGUUCGUACUGGUGUAAGCAGCGACGAGCCGUAUUUCACUCCCCAGCCGCAGCAGCAGGACAGCUCCACAGGAGUGCAACCAUCACCAGACAUCACACACCAGCUCAAGCAAGUGGGAGUGCCAUGGAGGACACCCUCACCUGCAGCCAUGCCACCUUCUCCCAGGUGUUUGGACGGCAGGGGCAGCUAAUGCAAGCCACUGUCCAGUCUCUAAACAGCCUGAAUGACCAGAUUGCUCAGUUCAUGGUGACCCGACCUUGUAAUCUCGCUGAUGAGGAGGAGGCCUUCAUCCCAGGAGAGAGGGAUACUCUCAGGAAGUCCAUGGCACUGAUGAGACACCUGCUUAUGGACGCUCAGGGGAAAAUCCUUAAAAUGAUGGAGGACAACAAGCAGCUGGCACACAGGAUCGAUGGGGUCAUCCACUCUGCGAGUCAGGAAGUGACCAACCUCCGAUCUGAGCUCUCCGCAACCAGCCGCAAACUAGCAGAGCUGGGAGCCAGCAGCCCCCCUGCUCUGGAGAACCACCACCUCCUCCACAACCACCAGGAUGACAGCCUCCACUACAGGGAUCCAUCAGUGCACCACAGGCAAAAGACGAUGGUGACGGAUAUGUGCUACCCGACAGAGAUAUCCAGCCUGAUGGACUUUGGCACUGCAGACUGCUCGCUAGGCAAAGCGUUACUGCGAGAGGAGGUGGUACAGCUUCAGGAGGAGGUCCACCUGUUGAAGCAAAUGAAGGACAUGUUGAGCAAAGACGUAGAGCAGACCCAGGGCGGCUGCUCUGCCAAUCUGCUCUCUGCCACUGAGCUCAGCGUCCAGCUGAGGGACAAGGAGCAGGAGCUGGAUCGUGCUAAGGAGGCCUUACAAGCCAUGAAAGCGGACCGAAAGCGGCUAAAAGCUGAGAAAUCGGAGCUGGCGAGUCAGAUGCAGCAGCUGUAUACAACACUGGAGAGCAGAGAAGAGCAGCUGAGAGAAUUCAUCCGGAACUACGACCAGCACAGAAAGGAGAGUGAAGAUGCAGUCAAAGUCCUGGCAAAGGAGAAAGAUGUGCUGGAAAGGGAGAAGUGGGACCUGAGGAGGCAGACCAAAGAAUCCACAGAGCAGGCCAACAUCCUGCGCUCUCAGAUAGACAUGAAGGAGAACAGGAUUAAGGAGCUGGAGGCCGAACUCACCAUGGCAAAGCAGUCUCUAGCCACUCUGACAAAAGACGUACCCAAACGGCACUCUUUGGUGGUGCAGCCGGAGCCAGUUGUAAACGGCAGUCAGGAGUGGGUGAUGCAGGCCGACUUGCCGCUCACCGCCGCCAUCCGUCAGAGCCAGCAGACCCUCUACCACGGUCACAAUGCAGACCGGCAGGCUGUGGUAAGGAUCAGCCCCUGUCACACUCGCCAGCCCUCUGUGAUCUCAGAUGCCUCAGCAGCUGAUGGGGACCGCUCGUCCACUCCCAGUGACAUCAACUCACCUCGCCACCGGACCCACUCCCUCUGUAAUUCAAUGGAAGAUCUAGAAGACCAGAAACGUAAGAAGAAGAAGGACAAGAUGACUCUGGGAUCUCUGUCACGGGUGUUCACUCGAGGCAAGCAGCGCAAGUCCAUGGACCCCGGCUUGUUUGAUGACUCUGACACACAGCACAGCAUGUCUGACGGAGAGGAGCAGCUGGACCGCCUCCAGCAGGCAGAGCUCACUCGAACCACCUGCAUGUCCCUGUGGAGGGCAGGGGCCGUGCAGGCCUGGAUGGAGGUUGUCAUGGGAAUGCCAAUGUAUAUGCGAGCCUGCUCCGAAAAUGUCAAAAGUGGCAAGGUGCUGCUGAGUCUGACGGAUGAAGAUUUAGAGCUGGGUCUGGGUAUUACUAAUCAACUUCAUCGCAGAAAAGUUCGACUGGCCAUUGAGGAUUACAGGAGAGCAGAAUUGGAGCAGGGACUAUCAAAAGCAUCUGAGCUGGAUCAUCACUGGGUCUCCACAUCAUGGCUAAGUGACGUAGGCCUACCUCAGUACUUCCAAACCUUCCACACAAACCUAGUGGACGGACGGGUGCUGAACUCCCUGAGCCGCAGAGAUCUGGAGAGAUUCCUGAACAUUAGCGAGCCUUUCCACCAAACGAGUCUCCUACUAGGAAUCCAGCUCCUGCAGAUGCUCAGCUUUGACAAAGAGGCCCUGCAAUUACGUCGCUUAAAAUGCGAGCAUGAAAACCAAGACCCUCUUGUCUGGACGUGUAACAGAGUGAUGAAGUGGAUCAAGGACAUCGACCUUAAGGAGUUUGCAGAAAACCUUCAGGGAAAAGGCAUUCAUGGUGCAGUUAUCACACUGGACCAAUCCUUUGACACAGAAGCCUUGGCCAAAGCUUUGGGAAUCCCCAGCAAUAAACACAUGCUGCACAGACACCUGUAUGAAGAAAUGAAGUCUCUCUCUGCACCUCUAAGAAAUGCAGAGCAGAGCACUGGGGUUAUCAGUUCUUCUUCACCUGUGGCUGUUAAUCGCUUUGCUGAUGAAAGGAUAUCUAUCAGAAGAUUAGGAAAGAGUCCACUAAGGUUACGUGCAGACAGUCAUUCCGUGGAGCGAGCUCUGGGCUUCCACAGCAACUGUGGCUCUUUGCCCAGAGAGGCCAGAGUGCAUGCUGUUCCCCGUGCCAAAGGCAGCCCGAUGCACACCUUCAAAAGUGUUGAAAUCACCAACGUUUGAAGGAAUCAUCAAGAUCUUCACCUCUGUUUACACUGUAGCUGUUUACUGUUGAGAAUGACAAGCACUUGUCAAUGUCUUUUAAAGGUGUAUAAAACAUGAUGUAAUAGGUCAGAUCUACUUUUGUUAUCAUCACCAACGUGGAAACUUCUAUAGACCCAAUGUAGCUGUUGUAAAAAUAAUGAAGAUGUUUUAAUUAGGUUUAUAUGUCCUUAAUGUAAAAAAGAACAGGUGGCAAAAAGAUGGCUAUAGUUAAACUAAGAACUGCACACGGUACCCCUUUGAUGCCUUACAUAAAGUCUAAUAAUGUAUUUAAUGCUUAUUUCUACUUCUUUAUGUGAGCUGAGGUGUGCCUCUUGGUUUAAAAAAAACAUAUACAUGUUACUACAUGUAUGUAUUUUCAGUUGAGAGAUAGAAAUUUGGUCAAUUAUUGCUUUGUUGUAACCCUAUAUUUUGGCAAGAAUCCUUAUAUUCCUGGAAAGUCUAUUUCCCUUUAUAUGGUGCCACAUUUCCAAGAAAAAAAAUCACUUGUAGAUAGAGCAGUGGAGUUGAGUAUGUAGGCUGUACCCCUGAAAAACCAGUCACAUUCUCUCUGCCAGUUUCAUUAGAUUAGGAAACCUGACAGAUUUUGAUUGAAUGAUUUAUCCUCUAACUUUGGUCUCUGUAAUGCAUUUGAGAAGGUAUCCAAAAAAUGAUUUUGUUGGCGUUGCCAGCCUGGCUUCCUAUUCCUCAAACCAAUCAGAUUAAUGUGGGUAAACUGGUCACUUUAGCAUGAGUCCAGGUCAGACUGACAGGUUUUUAACUGAGUUUAGGGGUUCAAAACACCUUCCUCUAUAGGGGUGAGGACUGACAUUUUAGAGGAAUUGAAGUGUUUGGCACCCUUUGAAGCAACUGCCAACAUUCCACGGCUGCUUAUUUAAUUAGCUUCCUGUUUUGGAAUCUCAGCACCUUUUAAACCAGUAGUUCAAGAAAUCAUUGAGUUACUUGUAAAGACAAGACCUCUCUAAAUUAGAUCUUGCAUCAGGGAACCAAAAAUAUGUCUGAGCAGGUAAGUUUCAUUUUCACUUUAUUGUCUAACAACAGCUUUUUAGGGCAGUUCUCCCGUUUAAGGGGAGCUCAGACUGUCAUAAAGGACGGCUCUGGGUCGCAAGAUUUAUUCAGUGAUAGAUCCGACUAUCUAAAGUUAGAUACAUUUUUGAAAAGAACAGCCCACGUGGAGCAUCAGUACACACCAAAUUCAACUACACGGUAAAUGUUUCAGUGUUAAAGUAGCACUUUAAGAGUACAUUCGGUCCCACACUAAAUCCGAGUGGGACUAAAUGUACUCUUUAACACUGAAACAUUUAGUAAAACAGUCUUAAUUUAAAAUUACUUUGUUUAAAUGCAUAAGCAUUACAACAAAACAAUGAGGCCUCAAGCAUAACCUUAUAUUUUCUAGAAAUAAAUAGAGAUAGACUGGUACACUAUCCAGCCAAUAUUUUUGGUCAAUAUUAGCGUUUUUUUUCUUGUAUCGCUAUUGAGCAAUACAGGCAUGUAUUUGCUGAGUUAGGAGUGAACUAAGCAGCCAUGCCUUGAGAGCACAUAUGGUGCAAGCAUUGCCACUUCCUUAAUUUCUUAUCUUUUUUUAAUUGUAAUUAUUUUUUUUUAAACUAAUUUUUAUUUUUUUUGUUAAAUUGGGACUUUUGUUUCAUUGUUAUUUUUUUCAUGCAAAUGAAGGUAGAGAAAGCAAUAUCCUUCUAAGGAAUGGGUCCAAAAGAAAUCUGCAGGGCAUAUAUGGGGAUCAGUUAAACUGAAAUAAAUAUGGAAAAAAAAUCGAUAACUGCAUCGGCCUAAAAAACUGUAUUGGUCCAUCUCUAGAAAGAAAGAAUACGUUUUGGGCUAAAUGAAGUUAUACACCAUGUUCUGCUGUUAAAAAGUCACUUUUUAUUUUCUACAUCUCUGCAGCUUUAUACUUGUAGAUCAAUGAUGAAACUCACUUUUAAGACAUGAGCGGGUGAUUCAAACUUUAUCAGCAACCAGAGGCUAGAAAGAAUUUUAAAACUGGAAUUUUUACUGUCAAAUUUCAAAAGAAGGGGAGUUAGGCAAACCUAAAUGGUGCCAAAAACACAAUGAUAUAAAAAAGCUAAUAAAGAACCACAAUUACACAGGAACUCAUUCCUUACUUAUUUUUUUUUUAUUUCAAACCUUGCAGAGGUUCAUCCAGUCUCUUUAGCAUUGAUACAUUUUAAAAAGGCCUAGACUUGUUAUAUACUCUAGCUUUUCAAAUGUAUACACCAGUUGCUCACUCUGGUUGCAUACAAAGUUUUUACGAAAAAUUACAACAUUCUGCUGUGAUAUUGUUUUUUCUAUAUUUGUUUUUUAUGCUUUGUUUUUGCUAAGUUUGUGAGUACAUAAAGCCCUUCUGUGUAUAUAUUUACAACAGCAACAUCACUUGACCAGAGGAGCCAAAUGUCACAUGUGCACAGUUGGUGAGCAAGGAUAUAAUGGACUAUUUAAACACUAUCAGGAUGGAUGUGUGUUGUAUAUUAACUUAUUUUUAUCAUAAUCAAAAUGUUUUGUUUUUUUGUUUUUUUUGCAUAUGACAUGGCUAUGCACCUUUAAAUUUCACUUUAACAAUGGCAGAAUGGCAAAGACUUAUCACAUGAAUUUAAAGAUAUGAAAUUAAAGUUUAAUUUGUUUGAGAUCAAGUCUAGUAACAUCUCUGCAAAGCAGUACCUCUUCUAAUGCACUCCUGUUUUUAUUAAUAGUGCAUGUGUAUUGGGAUCAAGUGUGCCGCAUUCAAUGAGUUCCAGCACUUUCCUCAUUUGUAAGAAAAUAUUAUACAGUAUUAUUUGAUUUUCCUGUUCAUUAGAGUUUUAAUCAACAACCAUCUUCUUAUUGCUCUCAUCCAGUUCUUCCAAUUUAAUUACUAUGCUCUGCACAAAUGUUAAUUGUAAUAACAUUUUCUCUGUAAUUUUAUUGUUCAUUGUUUGUUUAAACAAAUUUUUAUGUAUAAACCUGAAUGUUCUUUACAUGGUUAAUAAAGGCAACUCUGCUGUUUUGCUAGUGGCAAUUUUA